AUGGCAUCACCAUCCCCCAAGAUCUCAACGACACCGACCAGUCGCAACGAAGACGAGAACAGUUUGGUAACGACGUCGCUGGCCCAAGCCGAGACACGAUGGGUCAAUUGUCUUCGCCUGGCUGUGAUUGCCGUGUUGCUGCUUGCCACGAUUGGUCUUUCAGCAGGAGUGUAUCUGUAUACCCGCCAAGAAGAACAAGACAAAUUCGAAGCUCAUUUUGAAGACUCGGCCUUGCAGGUGAUUGAAAAUUUUCACGAUUUGGUGGACCGGCACAUUGGAGCGGCGUCGUCGUUAUCCACAGAUAUCACCUCCUAUGCGCUCGACAAAAAUUUGACGUUUCCGUUUGUGACAUUGCCCGACUUUGCGCUCAAGGGCAGCAAUUUCCGAAUUCACAGUGGAUCACAUGUGGUACACUGGCUCCCUUUGGUGACGGACGAGCGGCGCGGCGAAUGGCAAGAUUUUGCCUACGAAAAUCGAGAGCAGAUUGACGACGCCUUCGAGGUGGAUCUGUACCAGCGAACGCUUCAAGAUCAGCAACUGGGGCGACAAACGCAGAACAACGGAAGUCGACAUUUGCAGCAGCAAGGCGACAAAGAAAAGGGAAACUUGACUGUCCUGGAAGACGGAACAGGGUAUCAUCCACGGAUAUGGAAUAAUGCAGCAAUUACCAUCGAAGGCGAUGCACCGGAUGAUAGCGGCCCGUACUUGCCAGCUUGGCAGAGGAGUCCGAUUAGCCCCAUCAAACAAGAUUUGUUAAAUUUGAACUUUGCUAACACAGGUGUGGUCGGGCCUGGAGUAUUCAAGGCUAUGUUGACCUCGAAGAAGGCAGUCUUUCGAAACGCAUUCGUACCCAUACCGAAACAACUAAAAAAUCUCGAGGCCAACCUUCGAAUAUCCCAGUACAGAAACUCAGUGAGCGACUUACUGGAUGGAUUAAAUACCUUCCUUUUGUAUCCGGUGUUUGAAUCCUUCCAGCCGGAUGCCGAAGUGACAGGGGUCCUGGCAACCAGCAUUUACUGGAACGUGCUAUUCUCGCACCUCGUGCCAUCCACUACCCGUGGGCUGAUCUGCGUGAUUGAAAAUUCAUUCAACCAGACGUUCUCCUACAGGAUUGACGGACCAGAAGCCACUUCUUUGGGCAUUGGGGAUCAUCACGAUCCUAAAUUUGAUUACUUGAGCAUGUCCAUGAGUGUCAAUGAAUAUCUGGAAGCCUUGUCAUCUCCUCAAAACAGGGCGUACAACACUGUGCCGUUGAGCCGAGACACGGAAUACCAUAUCCGUGUUUAUCCAUCACAGGAUACUGCAGAUGAAUUCUUGACCAACAAACCAGCCCUCUAUACUGCAAUUGUCAUCCUUGGCUUUUCGUUUGCAUCCUUCCUCUUCCUGGUUUUCUCAUAUGUGGUGGAACGACGGCAACGAAUCAUGCUCGAAAAGGUUGUUGAGAAUGCCAAACGAGUAGCUGCAGCUGAAAGGGAGUUGAAUGAGUUCCUGAGCCAUGAGGUGAGGAACCCCCUUGCAUCUGCCAUGUCUGCUUGCACUUUCGUGAUGACUGCCAUCAACGAACCACAACCACUGGUGGAUGAAGAAACCCGAAAGUCAGCCAGGGAGGACAUUGAAGUAGUCAAUUCAAGUCUCCACUUCAUUAAUGACUUUCUUCGUUCCAUGUUGGAUAUUCACAAAGCCAGUGGCAACCAGAUCAAGAUAGAGAAGACACCAACAGAUGUCUUGCAUGAUGUGUUUGAGCCAGUGUCAGCAAUUCUUUACAAAAGGGUUGCCAACUUUGAUGUGAUUGUGGAUUGUCCACCAAGCUUGAUAGUUAUGACGGAUUCCAUUCGUUUGAAACAAGUUGUGUUGAAUUUGGUCCGUAAUUCAUCCAAGUUUGUAGAGCGAGGCUUUGUCCGUAUGAGAGCUGCAGUUGUGGAUCACCAGGUACGAAUAUAUGUUGAGGAUUCUGGGCCUGGAGUGCCCUUGGACAAGAGGGAAGACUUGUUCCAAAAGUACCAGCCUAGUUUGGACCUCCUUCACCAGGGUACUGGUUUGGGACUCAGUCUGGUUCAAAAACUUAUGGCUUCGAUGGGAGGGAAUGUUUGGUUGGAUGAAGACUACGAGAGUGGAGUGGAAGGCUGUCCUGGAGCUUGCUUCGUGGUAGAGCUUCACACCAAUCCUGUGGACAUUGAAGCAACACUUCCCACAGACAGUGACAGUGAUUUGCAUAAUGGUGCCACUAACGUUCAGGUUGCCUUGCCAAACAGCGAUACGGGCAAAGACGAAACUGCUGUACAUGAAUCUCCAGCUGACGAGAAGGUUAUCAUGCCGGAGGAGGACACCCAAGCUCUCCCGGAAGAAGAGCUGCCACCAGAUUUGUCAGUUCUCUUUGUCGAUGAUGAUGUGGUCCUUCGAAAGCUAUUUGUAAGAGCAGUGAAGAAGGUGCAGCCUGCUUGGAACAUUCAAGAAGUAUCAAGCGGAGAAAGAGCCCUGGAGCUAUGUGAGUCAGCAAGCCCUGACCUAAUAUUCUUGGACCAGUAUAUGGCCAGUGUGGACAAGCAGUUGUUGGGAACUGAGACAUCAGUUGCAAUGAGAGCCAAAGGGGUCACGAGCAUCAUCUGUGGUCUUUCUGCUAAUGACAUCAGAGACAACUUUAUCAACUCUGGGGCAGAUGACUUCAUUCUGAAACCCAUGCCGUGUAGACCGGAUGAGCUGAAGCAGGUGCUUGCUGGGCUAUUGAGCAGAAAAGGUUCCCUGCAGGGUUUGAUACAAUGA